UCCUUCCUGCCCCGCCCCUUUUUUCCCAGCCUCCUUUGCGCGUCUUCUUUGGCGUCGGUUGGAGGGGGGGGAGAGAGAGAGAGAGAGAAAGAAAGAGAGAGAGAGAAGCCGCCCCUCGGAGGCCGCCCACGAUGACCACCCUGGACGAUAAGCUGCUGGGGGAGAAGCUCCAGUACUACUACAGCAGCAGCGACGAGGAGGAGGAUAGCGAGAAGGAGGACGACGAGGGAACUGCCGCUGCCCACGAUGCCGCCGUGGCGGAAGAGGUGACCCUCAGCGCUGACGGCAGUGCCAUCAACACAGGCCCUAAGGGUGUGAUCAACGACUGGAGGAGGUUCAAACAGCUGGAAACGGAGCAGAGGGAGGAACAGUGCCGGGAGAUGCAGAGGCUGAUCAAGAAACUCUCCAUGACCUGCCAGUCACACCUGGAUGAAGAGAAGGAGAAGCAGAAACAGAAGGAGCUGCAAGAGAAGCUGAACGACAAGUUGGCACUGCACCAAGAAGAAGACGACGAGGCGUUCCUGCAGCAAUACCGCAAGCAGCGCAUGGAGGAAAUGCGCCGCCAGCUGCACCCGGGCCAGCAGUUCAAGCAGGUCUUUGAGAUCCAGAGCGCCGAGGCCUUCUUGGAGACGGUGGACCAAGGCAACAAGAAGACCCUGGUCAUGAUCCACAUCUACGAGGACCACAUCCCUGGGGCCGAAGCCCUGGACGGCUGCAUGCUCUGCCUGGCCGCCGAGUACCCCACGGUGAAAUUCUGCCGGGUGCGCAGCUCGCUGAUCGGCACCAGUUCCCGCUUCACCAGCAACGCCCUGCCGGCCCUGCUGGUUUACAAGGGUGGGGAGUUGAUCGGCAACUUCAUCCGCCUCACCGACCAGCUGGGCCAAGACUUCUUCGCCGCGGACUUGGAGGCUUUCCUGCAGGAGUUCAGCCUGUUGCCGGAGAAAGACGUGGUACUCUACUCCACCUCCAUUUGCAACGCGGCUUCCUGCUACGACGAGGACAGCGACUUGGAAAUCGACUGAGCGAGCCAGAACCACGGGGUCCCUCCUCCCGUCCCCUCCUCCCCCCCUCCCCCUCCCUCCCCAAGGGCUCCUGGCUGGCUUGGAAAGGGUAGUAGUCAUUCACCCUAGAGCCCCCAGACCCAUCGGGCAGGUCAGCCCCCGAGCCCUACCGUCCUCCUCCUCCUGGGCAACUGCAUAGAUUCAGAAAUAGGCCUUUUAGUUUGGAGUCCUGUCAUUGCAGCCGCCCCCAGAGCGGGGGGUUGGGGAGGGGGCGUGUGGGUCAGCCCCACCCUUUCCUUGGAGAGAGAGAGAGCCUCUCGUCCUUCGCUUCAACCUGACCGCGAUCGAUCGACACAGAUAACUCUGGAGUGGCUUGAGGUGGAGGGGGGGGCGCUCCUAGCCCGGCGACCUUUUCCCAUCCCGUGAAAAUUUUUGGGAACCGGCGGGUCUUCGUCUCUCGCUUUCUCUGAUCGUGGCCAUCCUGGGGUCUCUCUCCCCCACCCCCCAAUCUUGUGCAGAUUGACCGUUGAAGACCUCUUCAUGCCUAGCAAAACUUACCCCGUUUUCUUAACGCAAUAAAAGAUUUAAAAUCUGAA